AUGCCCCCCGAGCGCAAGUGUAAACCUUGUGCUCAGACAACCCCUUACAAAAAGUCAAAACCUCGGGUGCAAGGCAAGAAUACCCCCAAGACAUCAGCUGUCAAUGCACCGAAACAUGCUCACAGUCAUCUGACAUUACAUGACUGGCUUACUGUUGUUGCCUAUCAUGAUAACAAUCAGCCAAUCACACAGCAGGAUGUGGUAAAACACUUCACAAACCGGGCUGAAGGUGCUCUUGUCUUUACACAGUCUUCACUUUCUCAUCACCUGUCUGCCAAGGGGAGACAAGACGAUAAAGAACACCUGGCACCAACUCCCAUGGCGCUCUCAUCUAAAAAAGUCCGAGUAGUGACAAGACCAGAUGUCAAGAAGUCACUGUUCAUGUGGACAAAGCACAUGGAAGAAAAGAGGGAGUACAUUACAGGUCCUAUGCUCAUGGCAAAGCGCGAGAAGUUUGAGGAAGCCAUGAAUGUUCCUCCCGAAGAGAGGAUGAAGAGUGAUGGCUGA